GUGUGGGUGCGUUUGUUAAGUCAUGUCCUACUUUCGGUUUCUAUGUAUAUUGUCCGCGUUGUAGUCUGUUUCUGUAUGUGUACAGUGUUUUUUUGUACGUCUUAUCGUUAGUGAAUGCGACCCCGUGUGACACAACAUUGACAGAUUCGUUUUAAUUGCGCUUUCUGAGGUCUCUACAUGUACCAAACGGAUAACCUCUGUCUGUAAUAUUUGACAUUUCCCACGCUUCAAUUUCAAAGCAGCUGUUCGAAUUCUAUGUAUAGCUUCGUCCACCCAGUUAUAUGUUAUUAAGGUGUGGACCCAAACACUAUUGUUAUCUAGCUAGAUCACACGGGCCAUCCAUUGUAAUCCACUACAUGGUAACUACGCGAGACGCUGAAAGGUGGUGCAUUGCAGAAAUCGGAUGGUGUGUUCUGGAAUCCCUAUCAUCCACACACCUUGUAACAAAUUCCGGGUUAGAAAAAUGUUUUUCUCUUACAUGUCAUUUGUUGAUCACUUGACGUAAACUUGACGUUUGAGAAAUACUUUGAACCAGUAAUCGAGUCUAGCAAUCUUGAAUGUCUGAAAAUGAUAAGCAUCUUUCUCUAUCACAUCAUUAAUCAGCUUCCUGUAGUUGAGGCAGGGUACUAUCUUCCCAUUCUUCUUCUUUACCUAUGCCGUAUAGGAUGCUGGGCCCACAGUAACAAAGGACUGAUAUCAGUCAAACGAUUGAUCAGAUUUUAUACAAGAAUGCAAUUAAAUAGCUUAUACUUACCCAAAGCCUUCGAUUUUGUCAUGAAAUAUACCGGGGUGCCGACAAGACAAGAUAUAUAUAUAUCGAGAGAAAUGUAAGAGCGAUUGUUAGGCAAUUGGAGUUUAACAACUCGUGUAAGUAAGAGCGAUGUCAUCUUUUAUUGGAAGGAUGCCCUAUGUCGUUCUAGUGUAACCAUAUGGUUUUAUAGCGUUUUCUAAUAAUGUUAUUGAGUUUAGGAUUACAUAUUUAGGUUUAACAUAUACCAAAUAUCAGAUAACAUUGAUGGUUGUUCUAAAUGUGAAGAGGUGUCAUUAAUACCCACUGCCACAGUUAGUUGUACAAACAAAAUCCGACUGGAAAAUGGACGAAAGGUAUGGGGCAAAAGCCAGAUAUCGCUGCCCUGCCCCUAUGUACACUGUACAGACGACAUGAGCACGUGGCACCGGCUGUAGAUGAUAUCAUCGAGUCAUAUUAUAUCGCAUCCCUAAUAUAUACACGUGUACAGGUGGAUAAAGUCCACACCGUUAUCACCUGAAUCGCCAUGUAGGGGCCUUGUCGAAUGGCCGCCUGUAAAUGAUUCAGCGGUUAAAACCCUUGUCAAGAACAAAGUACAAAGUCGCCACAGGUAUAGAAGUUAUCUAUUCAGCUAAAACAAAAUGGCACAGGCCAACUUUUCCUGUCCUUACGACAUUACGGAAAUACGAAACCUCGGCUAUGUGGAAUGUAUGGAUAUUUUGGAACUCAUAGAUACCAAAGGUUUAGAAGAACUUGAAGAACUACAAGAUCUUAUCAUCGAGCUGAUUAGACAAUCCCAAAAUGUUGAGGACGGGCAGUCUGUCCCCGGAGAGGCUGGUGAUGAUAGUCAGGCUAAAUUUUCCUGUCCUUACGACAUUACGGAAAUAAGAAACCUCGGCUAUGUGAAAUGUAUGGACAUUUUGGAACUCAUAGAUACCAAAGGUUUAGAAGAACUUGAAGAACUUCAAGAUCUUAUCAUCAAGCUGAUCAAACAAUCCGAGAAUGUUGCAGACGGGCAGUCUGCCCCCGGAGAAGCUGGUGAUGAUAGCCAGGCUACGUUUACUUCGUCUGCUGACCUGAUGAAUCAGAUAAUCUCCCGUGACCGUGAAAUCAAACAGAAACUGAACGGUAUCUAUGGCGACCUGAAGAGCUUCUUCAAGAUGAGUCAAUAUGCUUCCGACCCAUCACUACAGCACGAACUGGAAAUUGAAUUCAAGAACGUACAGGAGAUGGUGGAAGAAUAUUCCAAGGAACUUAUGCGCGAUGAAUGUCCGAUCGUCGUGACAGGAGAGACAAGUGCUGGGAAGAGCAGCUUAUUAAACCUAAUACUUGGAAGUAACAUUCUACCGUCAUCACUUCGCUCAAACACCUCCACCGUCUGUCGUCUUCAUAACCACGAACAGAAGAUGAUCAAAGUGUACGACCAAAGUGGGAAGAAACUGGUCCACCAUGGUGUUUUUGACUAUAACAUCAGCGAUGACGUUCUGAAAAAGGAGAUGCAGAAAUACAUAAGCUGUGAAGAAAAUCCAUAUAGAUAUGUAGAUAUUUUCUGGCCGAUUCCAUUUCUGGGGAGUCAAGUGGUCAUAGUGGACACACCCGGUAUUGGCGAGAACAGUGAGAUGACCAGUCGGCUGCUGGAUUACCUCCCGAAGGCCGUGGCCUUCAUCUACGUCAUCAACUCGGAAAAUGCUGGCGGGGUACAACAGGAUAGAUUACUUCGAAUCCUUGAUGAACAGAACAAAUGGAGAGAGAAAGGACGAAAUCAGACAUUUGAUCACAAUUGCACACUGUUUGUGUGUAAUAAAUGGGAUGAAGUACCGGAGUCGGAGCGAGACAGGGUGUGGAACAACACCAAGGAAAAACUCCGUUGUUGGCCAGGCUUUACUGAGUCUCAGAUGUUUAGACUGAGUGCAUUAGAGGCAGAAAGACGGUACCGAAAUGGACUGGACUACACUGAAGACUUCCAAAAUCUUCUGAGAGGCAUUCAAAAAAUGGUGCCUGCAAGUUUCCAGGAAAAGGUUCGGCAACAUGCAUGGUGGCAGGAAAAGCUUCUUAAGCAGAUUCUGUUCCACGUGACGGCCCACAUCAAUAACACGCGCCUUAGUCAGGAGGAAAAACGGAUAAAGAAGGAGAAAGUUGAAGAGCGGCUACGCAGACUUGACUGUGAUACAGAACAGGUGAAGAAAACUCUUAAAGAUGAGGCCAAAACGAGAUGGGCAGAGGUUAGUGAGAAAUUACAUGCUUACAUUCAUGAUCAGGAGACGGUCGAAAAGCUGAAAGAGUGGGAUAUUCACACAGAAAUACCGGAACGGGAGUCUGACUUCGACCUCAUUGAACGCGAGGCUAAGGAAAUCAUCCUUGACAAAAUCGGAAAAGAAAUAAAGUCGUGGUGCGAGAAUGAAAGAAGCCUAUCAAACAUUAGAAAUGAGCUCGCGAACCGAUUCAGGGAGGAAUAUCGUCUGCUCGAGGGACAAUGUCAAGACAUUGAUAAUCUCGUUCAAGACGUCGAAGGCUCUAUAGAGUUAGACGAUGUCAAUGUCCAAGAAACAGAGCCAUCACAUCGAAUCCACUCUUUGCUGGGAAAGAACAGCUGACUUUGGUAUUA